CUGAACUUCAUUGUAAAUUUCAAUUCGGUGUGAAGUGUUUCAUAUAUCUAUACUAUACAGGAUGUAAAAUACGGUUUAAAACGAUGUGGUGUUUAUUAAAGGAACACUAUUUUUAGUAAAAGUGUGUAUCUUUCAGAAAUAAAUAAGCGAGUAACAUGAGAAUAUGAGAUAAAAUGACAGUUUCGGAUUCAAGUCUAGAAUGAGGAAGUUUUGAAAAGCAUUUACAUGAACAAAGUUAUUUUUGCCGACGAGCUGUAAGCGAAUAAGGCUCGUACUCAUUCAAAUCGUUUAACUGGAAUAAGUAAGAUUCAUUGUGCUUUACUAAAUUACAGUAUUAUGUGACUAUAUACUAUACUCUUUAAGACAAAGUAUGUACGCUCCAUUACGCGAAGACUAUGGGCAAAAUUAUGGAAGAGGCGGUGGUGAUGAAGAAAUUUACUCAAACUCCGGGGUGACUACGGCUGACCUUGAACUUGAAUGGUACUGGGGUGAUAUUACUAAGUCAGAAGUCAACGACUUAAUGCAAGGUAAACCGGAUGGAUCGUUUCUCGUACGCGACGCCACGACCCCUGGAGAUUAUACUAUGACCUUGAAAAAAGGGGGAACAAAUAAACUAAUCAAAAUAUAUCAAUCACCCCAGGGUUUUGGGUUCACGGAUCAGUUUGAGUUUAAAACCUUAGAGGACCUUAUUGAACACCACAAGGAACAUUCGUUAGUCAACUAUAACGCCGCCCUAGACAUGAAAUUGCUGUACCCCGUCUCGAAAGAACCUAAAAGAGAAUCGUUCGGUGACGAAACCAAACGAAAACACGACUUCCGGGAAAUAUACGAGCGUCUAAGGCAGGAAGAACAGACACUUGCGGAGCUCUACAACGCCCAGAGCAAGCAUCACGAGGCGCUUGCAACCCAUAACCGGUUGGUGACAGGGUUGGACGAGACGCUUGCAGUAUACACCGCACAGGUCGAGCUACACCGGCAGUUUCAUGGGGAGGUCUCGGGCAUUGACUUGCCGCAGGUCCGAGACAACUUUACGGCGCUGAUGGAUCGGUUGAAAGAGAUCCAGGACUGUCGUGACUCCCUGGAAAACAAUGACAUCAGUCUCCUGCAGGAUAUACGGAGCGUCGGAGCGGACAUUGCGGAGCAGAAACAGCGAGUUGUUGCCCUCGAGAAAGACAAAGUCCACCGACAAAGAUGGCUUGUGGAGACGUUUAUCCUUCCCCAUUGUGUUGAGGAGACCUGGUUAGUCGAGUGCGAUCGUGCGGAAGCCCAGCGCCUCCUUAUUUCCGAGUACGAAUACCGGAAACCGCCAGAAAACGGCACCUUUCUUAUACGGAAAACUGCCUCCGACGAUGGCGAAAAAUAUGCGCUUUCUAUUGUAUACGAGAACAAUGUGUCGCAUAUCAAGAUACACUUCAGUAAAGAACUUGGGUUCGGUUUAGUCAAAGAAAAGCUUGUGCACCCAUCUCUAAUGGACCUCGUCCUUCAAUAUGAAGAAACCCCAUUAUCUGAAUUUUAUAGCAAUUUGAGAAUUCCAUUGAAGUAUCCGUAUAAGCGAGCAGAUUCAUUUAAAUAUUACGAAGCUGAGCCAAUAUAUGGGUAGAUAAAUAAUGUGUGUACCUUAGGCGUAAAACUAUCUUUGUUCCCACUAACCCGACGAACCCUAUUUUCUUUUAAUUCCGGCCCUACACUUUUUUUUUCGUUUUGACCGAAAUGAUGAUUUUUUUCAGUAAUUUUCUAAAUACAGUCGAACCCCGUUCGCUCGAAUUCCCAGGGACCGGCGAAAAUACCUCGAGCCUCGGAAAAUUCGAGCCAAGCGGAAAUGCUGACAUUCAGUGUAAAGAAACCGGUUCUUUAUAUCCAGUUCGAGCCAACGAGGAGUUCGAGCCAAGCGAGUUCUAGUCAACGGGGUUCUACUGUAAACGAAUUAUAUUAGUGAACAUGUUAAUAUAUAUUAUACUUUUUAUAUUUUAUUCUUUACAUUUUGUAUUCAAAACUUGCUGCAAUAGUGAUAUACCCCGAUAUAGGUCGGUUCGGUACAAAAGCUCGUUUCUCAAAAAAAAGAAAUAAGAAAGAUAUGCCUACCUACCUAACCUAUUUUUUGGAGGUUUUUGUGGAAACAAAGACAUUUUUGGGCCUUAUGGUAGAUAAAGGAAUGGCAUUAACGAAUUGGAAUUUUGUAAACAAACAUACUUCUUUUAAACUUGUAUUAUAAAAUGUUUAUGGAUAUAUUAUUGACAGCCAAUUAAUUGUGAUGCAAGAAUGUCGUGUUCAGAUGUGUUAACUGUUUAUUUACGAUUGCAUUGUGUGACAAUGUCUGAUAGAUUCUUAUUUGAUUCUGUUUACUUCAUAUCGACUCAAAUGGAUCCAAGUUCAGAAGAACUGAUACAUUUAGCAGAACUUAUUCAUUUACUAUAAUAAUUCUACCAAAGAUGGUUGCUUCCAGAACUGAUUCAUUUACUAUAAUAAUUCUACCAAAGAUGGUUGCUUCCAGAACUGAUUCAUUUACUAUAAUAGUUCUACCAAAGAUGGUUGCUUCCAGAACUGAUUCAUUUACUAUAAUAAUUCUACCAAAGAUGGUUGCUUCCAGAACUGAUUCAUUUACUAUAAUAAUUCUACCAAAGAUGGUUGCUUCCAGAACUGAUUCAUUUACUAUAAUAGUUCUACCAAAGAUGGUUGCUUCCAGAACUUAUUUAUUUACUAUAAUAAUUCUACCAAAGAUGGUUGCUUCCAGAACUGAUUCAUUUACUAUAAUAAUUCUACCAAAGAUGGUUGCUUCCAGAACUGAUUCAUUUACUAUAAUAAUUCUACCAAAGAUGGUUGCUUCCAGAACUGAUUCAUUUACUAUAAUAAUUCUACCAAAGAUGGUUGCUUCCAGAACUGAUUCAUUUACUAUAAUAAUUCUACCAAAGAUGGUUGCUUCCAGAACUGAUUCAUUUACUAUAAUAGUUCUACCAAAGAUGGUUGCUUCCAGAACUGAUUCAUUUACUAUAAUAGUUCUACCAAAGAUGGUUGCUUCCAGAACUGAUUCAUUUACUAUAAUAAUUCUACCAAAGAUGGUUGCUUCCAGAACUGAUUCAUUUACUAUAAUAAUUCUACCAAAGAUGGUUGCUUCCAGAACUGAUUCAUUUACUAUAAUAAUUCUACCAAAGAUGGUUGCUUCCAGAACUGAUUCAUUUUCUAUAAUAGUUCGACCAAAGAUUGUAGCUUUCAGAACGGAUUAAUUUACUUGAAUAGUUCGACCAAAGAUCAUGGAUUUAUUAGUUGGUUUGCACAUUUCUUAUGUAUUACAAUGGUGUUUGUGUUGCCGGCAUCAAAAUGAAAAUUGAUCAAAACAAUUAAAGACUACUCCCAUCAUUUAAUACGAAUCUUCACCUGAGUAAACACAAAGUUUUAUUGUAAUAUUCAGCUAGAAAAUAACAUACCAGAUGUCAUUUGGUUAGGUUAUGGUUUGUGUGAGAACUCAUUUGUCUGAUUAUUUUAUGACGUAAGCGUCUCACUUCUAUAGCUGUGUAUGCCAAAAUGGUACACUAAUAAACAAGAGCAUUGCAUAAACAGUCGAAACUCGCUAUGUCGAACUAUGUUAUCUCGAUUGUCUGGAUAUGUCGAACUUUUCGGUUAUACUUAGAUUGUUUUUCGGUUAUAUCGAAUGUUCGUUAUCUCCCGUUAGGUCCAUACGACUUCGACAUAACGAAUUUUGACUGUAUAUGACAACGCUCGUAUGUAAGUCAAUGAUUACACGUCAACAUCUAUUUUGGCCAAGGCAACUUACACAUCGAUAUAUAUGAAGUUAAAAAUUCGAAUAUUUUGAAAAAAAUAAUUUCUAUCUCAGUAGUUCAACCAUCAUUAUUAUAACAAUAUAAAUCGAGUACAAUAUAGAUAUGACACAACUAUAAAAUCAUGUUUAGAAUUUUUUUUAGCGUUAAGACAAUCAUUAUUUUCUUUAUUCUGUAGUAAAUGAAGAAUAAGGAGCAAUAUUAUUUAAUAGUUUAUCAUAGUCACCAAAAAAGUUGUUAUUUUUUCAUAUUUGGCGAGUUUAUAUAAUUUUGAUAUCUGGGUAUUUAGUGUGUAUGUAAGUCACUUUAAUACAUCCUCGCUAACAAAACGUGAUAUUCAUUUUCAUUCCUAUGACAAUUAUGACACUUUCUAUCUUCUUGUUUUAUAUUUAUUCAUAUUAUUUCCUCAAGAUUAAGGUUAUGUUAUAUGUUAAAUGUUGCUUAAGAAUAUCACUUAACUACUUAAUUGCUAAUGAUACAAAUAAAAUAUUUGUUCAAAUGCAAAACUGUGGAGAACCUUUUACUUUCCUGUAGCUUUUGUGAAUUUCUGAACAUUGUAUAUCAUUGUUGUAAGUAACUAUCAUAUGAUAUUCUUACUACAGCUUUUAUCUGAAAAUUCGUUGUAAACAUGUUCACCUGUGUAAAUGAAAAAGCAAAUGUAAGCUCAUUCAAAAUAAUCUUUGUCUUUCAAAGUAUUAAUAUAUUCGCCAUUAACAGAUAUCAUAUCAAAAACCUUAUUCAUUACCGACUCAAGAUAACGUUCGGCGUACUUAUUAGUUCGUUUUUAUGUACAAAUACUUACUCGGAAUCUUGUCAAUUUACCAUUUACGUUUGCAUUGCAUAGUUGCUGUCUAACACAUACAAGUUGCGUUUUGUUUGAAAAUUUUUAGUUGUAUCCCUUUUAACCACUUACAAUAACAUUUUAUGGUAAGGCGUAAAAAAUGAUGUAGAUUUGUUUCCGGUUUCACGCUCUUUCUCUCUCUCACACACGCACGCACGCACGCACGCACGCACGCACGCACGCUCGCACACACACCCAAGGUAAAAAUAAAUAAAUAGGGUAGGUAGGUCGGUAAAUAUUUUUUUAUUUGCUAAAUUGUUCCAUGAAAAAAUUCUGUUACCAAAAACUAUAAAUGGUUAAGAACAUCUAUAAAUUCAGUAUUUGCAUUAUUGGAUUUUUUUGUAAGACGAAAACAACACUUCAUUUCAAAAUCGAACAAAUGAUAAAAAUAAAUAUUUCAGAAAGCAAUAAAAAGGAUAAGGAUGUGUGUGUGUGUGGGGGGGGGGGGAGUAUAUAAGGAAACAUUUUUACGCAUAAGUAACAUGGGUACAAUAUUCAUGUUUCUUUACCAAUAGAGGAGGACUUGUAUAUGUCUGCAACGCUCUUUUUUCUUGUGUAAGUGUGUGUUGUUGUUGUUUUUCAUUAAGGCGUACUUGUAAGUCCGUUUCACAAAAAUACAUUGUUUUAUGGUCAAUAUCGAAUCAAUAGCUUCCAAUGCAUCUGUAAGAGAUACAUUUGACAGCUCCCAGAAUGCAUGUAUAUAUAUCACUAGGCUUAUCAGCCUGAUUCAAAUUACCAUGCAAUGCACUGCCUCUUUUGUUAAGUUUUGUUGUAUGUUCUUUAUAUCAUUUGUGUUUGUAUUUGUAAAGCUUACAAGUAUCAAUAUACAUCAGUACAUGUUGCAAAUAUCUAGUCUUAAGCUUAUAUGUUUAAAAUAAACAAAGGGUAUACCACUGGCACCGAAUUUUCCAACUGAAUUAAAAAAAAGAAUCGUCGUAUAUUAAAAUUCCAAACUUCAAUUGCGAGGCCAAAAGUGUAAAAAUGCAUUGAAAACCAUUUGUUUUCAUAAAUAUGAACUUUGUUUUGUUUUGUCUAUAUAUUCACAAAAUUAUUCGGUUUGGAAGUAUACGAUUUUAUUUUUUUUCAAAAAUAAGACUUUUAGUUUGAAAAUCCGGUACCAGUGUGGUAAAUAGGCACCCAUCGUUCCGUGAAUGAUGAAACUGUGAUUGUUUGGUAACAGGUGCAUGUAUAUGUAUAUUAUGUUUGUUAACAAUUACUUAAUAUAUAUAGUGUUUGAAUAAACUGUAUUAAAACUG